UGAAAUAGAAGAUUCCGUCAGGUGAAAUAUUGGCUAGAACCCUAGCAGUGAUUGAUCGAUGGACGCGGCCGCGGCGAAGGCGCAAGCUGCGGCAUCAGCGAUUCCCAAGCACAUUACCAAGAGCGCCAAGCGUCUCUACAGGGAAUGCAUUCGUCGGGCGCAAUACGUUGGCAACAAGCACGGCAACACUGACGGCAUUGUCAAUAUGGUGCGCGCGCAAUUCCGGAAGAACAUGAACGAGAGUGAUCCAGAGAAGAUCCAACAGAUGAAAGAAUUAGCUAUUGCCGGUCUCUUCAACCAUACAUUCCAUGAAGCCGCCAACAUGGCUCACAAAAAGGAUACUUACGAGGAGCCUGCUUAGAAAGGAAGAACUUUUUAGAAUUCAUCGCAACAAUGGAUCUUCUCGCGAAGAAAAUAUCCAAUGCCUGGAACCAGUUCUUGGUAAGCUCUUUACAAGUAACAAAAAAUCAUUCUUUGUUC